AACAGUACCGCAGAGGGUACCUCGUCGAAGGUUCAGCAAUCGAAUGGUUUCGCUAGGUCGUUUCGAAGGGAGAGGGAAGGUGAAGUAAUUACUUUUAUGUGAAUACUCGUUACUUCCUCAUAAAUUCCCAUCAGUUCUGUUUUAACGUUAUAGAACCAGAUUUAUCACGCCAAGGCGUUUAAUCGGCAGUCUUACACUAUUUAGAUCAGUGAGAUCUCAGGCGCAAAUAUGGAUCUACCAAAAAUCUGCUCCGUUCAGUCCGUUCGAUCUUAUGUUACACAUACUAGAUCUGAGCUCGUAAUUCAUUGUUUUGCUAAAUUCAGCCAACUCAGCAAAACUAUGCACUUUUCCAUAUAUCCACACAAGACUGUUGCCGAGUCAUCAAAGCACAAACAUUUCGAUACUUUAUUUUACACAACCACCGCAUAUUUAAACCCUUUAUGCUAAGUGUGCAAAAUUAUAUAAAACAGCGGUCCUCACUGUUGCUCACAGCUGUUGUAUUAAAUUUUCCAUCAGUCGUGUUAACUUCAAACAAAAAUGGCGGUUAAGAAGUGGUCAUCACGCAGCCCGUCUUCAAUGUCGAGGAUCGCUGCAACGCUGUUUAUUGUUCAUGUGCUCAAAGCAAUCGGUCUUUGGCAAUGGACAAGAGACUCACACCUACCAUACUUCGAAAAAUUGGAGCAUGCAUAUCGCAUAAUACUGCACAUACCGUUCACAUUCAUCUUCAUAACGCUAAUGUUUACGGCGGUGUUAUUAUCGCAGGACCUCGAGGAGAUCAGCAGUGUACUUCAUAUAUUGUUAACGGAACUCGCAUUGGUCGUAAAGAUAUUGUAUUUUUGGCGACAAGGUAACACAGCUUGGCGCUAUAUGGACGAACUGGCCAACGAUCCCAUGUACGCACUACGCCAACAGUCUGAGUGGACCAAGUGGCAGAGCGCCCAGCGUUCAUUCGCCAUUGUGGCCUACACUUAUAUACUGUGUAGCGUCGCCGCCGUCGUGUUUGCUUGCAUCGGUGGCAUAAUGACACCAACUGAUGUCUAUGUCUUACCCGUUAACAUUUAUGUGCCCUUCGAAUGGCAUCAUCCGCAUAAGUACUGGUAUGCAUGGACCUACAUCACUCUUGGCAUAUUGCUGACAUGCGUCUCGAAUAUUAUGCUGGACAUGAUAUACUGCUACUUCAUGUUCCAUCUAUCGCUGUUGUACAAAUUGAUUGGUUGGCGUUUGAGCGAUUUGCGGCGACUAAAGAAUACUGUGGGUGUUAAAGUAGACGAACCGGAAGUAAUUGACCAAUUGUCCGAGAUCUUUCAAAUGCAUAUGAAUGUUAGGAGAUUGACGACUCAAUGUGAGACAUUAGUAUCCGUGCCAAUUUUGGGAGAAAUUGUUUUCAGCGCCUUCAUACUCUGCUUUAGUGGGUAUCGGCUACAGCAAAUGAACAACUUGGAAAAUAUUGGUAUGCUUUUUAGUACAAUUCAAUUUGCCUCAGUGAUGACCGUGCAAAUCUUUUUGCCCUGUUACUUUGGCGAUGCAGUAACUGAGCACUCAAAUGCUUUGACAAACGACAUUUUUAACUCGGAUUGGACGACAUUUGAUAUGCCGGCGCGCAAAUUUAUGAUUUUAUAUAUGGAACUUUUGAAACGGCCAGCAUAUUUGAAGUCUGGCAACUUUUUCAAAAUCGGACUGCCUAUUUUUGCUAAGACCAUGAACAAUGCCUACAGCAUUUUUGCGCUACUACUCAAUAUGAAUAAUUGAAUGAACUUGAUGAAACGAACAACAUUUGUUAAAUUGGCAAAUUUAGCUGUUGAACUUUAUUAUGAAUACUUGGGUAUUAACAACUAGAAACAAAGAUUAUGAAUUUAAAAUAUUAUAUGUAAAAAUUUAGUUUAAAGAGACAAAUUAUUUGAGCGCGCUUCAAGAGAGUAGUUUUUAGUAGCACGCUUUAGGUAGAGUACGGAGUCUCUUCCGUUAAACAUUUUAACAAUAAAGCUAUAUUCUAUAUCAUCAAUAUACGGUUUUAAUACCACGAACAUUUGUUGCUUGAGUGUAUCAGGUGAUUUCAAACUUUUUUUAUUUCAAAAUGUAGUUCACUAUUGAGGAACCUUUUUUGAACUCCAUAACUAUAGUUUUAGAUUAAGCAGGUAAAGGAUAACAAUUUUAUAAUUUUCUAGGUAAACAUCUG